CACCAGCAGACACAGCAGCACCAGCACGGCAUCUUCUCCCGCCGGCCCUCCUUCUUCGGCGGCAGGCAUCGCACCGCCUCUAGACACGGCGCCGCCUCCUCCCUCUCCCACUCCCAUGCUGCCCCCGCAGACACUGCGCCGCCCCAGCUCCAUGUCCAGCCCGCGCCGCCCAUCACCACCACUGCUGCUGCUGCCGAUGCUGCUGUCCCUGAUAGAUUAAACACGACCCCUCCCCCUCCCCACGAUUCAUCAGACGACCCCACCAAGCAGCAACCCACGACCCCCCAGCGCCGCCGCCACGUAAGCAGGCACAGCAUCGCUUCUUCCGUCACCGAUCUCGGCUCCCAACUGCGCACCUCGCGCUCGGCCUCACUGCGCACCACAAACUCGUCCAGCACCCGCAAGACGUCGUCCUCGUCGCACACGAGGACGCCCUCGGCCACGCUGGCCCUCGCCGAAGCAGACAAGGCCCCCGCGCCCCAGCGCCCGACCCUCUCCGUUUCCACCUUUACUCGCUCCUCCAAGCAAAAGGCUCAGGACGUCCCCCAGAGCCCCUCGAGCGCCGUCGACAAGCCAAAGAACCCUUUCGCCAUGGCGGUGCCCAUGCCCUUGCGCCACCCACCUACCCAAAAAGACAUUCUGCACGCAAACCAGCAGUCCAACCGCACCCUCGCCCCUGCCGCCCCAAUCCCCGUCCCCAAUGGCUCAAACCCCAACCUUGUCUUCCAGCAUAUUCAAGAGCUCGCCUCGAAGCGCAUCUCUACGCUCGACUACCUUCGCAAGGCUCACGAAGGCAGAAUAUACUGGUUCAACACGCUCCUCUUCUCCAAAUCCGACCUCACCCGUCUCCCUUCCUUCACCUCACGCAACCAAGCCCGCCGCGCUACCCACUACCUCCUCCUCGGCUUCUCCCUCCCCACCAUCCUCGACCUCAACGCAAACUCGCCUGCCGACUACCUCAAGGCCCUCAAUGCCUUACUUAUCGAGUUUGAGCAGUACCAGUCCAUGCACCCUGCCGACGGCUCUACUCCUUCAACCCUGAGCCGUGCUCGCCUCCCGCAAAUGUUCAAGCGUGCAAACAUGGGCAUGACCAUGGGCAUGGGUAGCAAAGGUCGUCGUAGUAGCAGCGCAACCGGUGAUUUUCCUAUCUUGACCCCGAGCAACAGCUUCAAUGGCACAGAGGGCAUGGGCAUCGACUCGCCACCGACUGAUGACUUGCUCCUGCCAAAUGAGUCGUAUACACACCUGCAGACUCCGUCACUUCCCUUUGAUCCAGACUUUUUCAGCACCUUUGCCACACUCUGCGACGUCCUCAUCGAUUGCUACACGCGCAUCCUGUCCAUGCUGAGUACCCCCGAGAGUGUCGCCAUGGCCGGUGGAGGCGUUCCCAGUAUUGUGGGCGACCUGUUCAACAAGGCCGACGCACGAGUCCGGAAGAUUAUCCUCGCGGGUGUUGUAAGAGAGUUUGAAGAUAGCUGUCGUGCUGGGGUUAAGAGCGAGGUUGGCGGCGUUGGUAAGGUUGUCCUGGGCGGUUUGAUGUAA